GCUUGACGACGAUCGUGCCAACGAUCGCGUAUCAGUUCUUCGAGUGGUGUUCAAGUGCUCGGUCGCAAAUAUCUGUACCGCGACGCGUGAGUGAGGUGCAACUAGUUGGAAACUUGAAGAAAUUGUCACCCGUUUGGAACUGGUCAUCCGUGUGUAGUGCAGCUAGGAACUGAAAAUGACGGCUGGACCAUUUUCUCAAAUCCUGAUCUGUUCGAUACUGAUCUUGAGCCUCUACCGGGAAGGAGUGAAAGCUCAAAGUGCCCCAUGUACAACUCCAACCAAGCACCCCGGUUCGUGCGUCUUGAUCGAACGGUGUCGAAACAUCUACACCAUAGUUAGCAAUCCAACUCCACCGUCUACGGGCAUUGCUAACUACAUCAAAAGGGCUGCCUGCACGCUACCGGGAGUGACGCGUAGUAUUUGCUGUCAGCCGGCAGAAGUUAUCCCGGAGCCGCCUACGACAACGGCCAGCCCUGCUUUAGGCGCAAACUUUAAUCUACUACCCAGAGACUGUGGCCUAAGAGUCGACGAUAGGCUCGCUUACGGAAAUAUUACUAAAGUGUUUAGCUACCCCUGGAUGGCUGUUCUACGGUACGAUAACAAUGGUGCAAUCGUAGGUGGAUGUAGUGGAUCGCUGAUCAACAAGCGGUACAUCUUGACGGCUGCACAUUGUCUCAAGAGGGGAAGUUCUAUGGAAAUACAUAGCGUCGUACUCGGAGAACAUACCAAGGGCCAAGACAUUGAUUGCAACAUUUAUCAUAAUAGCAAGGGUGAAGAAAUCGAAAGGGACUGCGCUGGACCGAUUGAGGAGUUCGGGAUUGACUCGUUCGACGUUCACCAGGAUUACAAUCGACCGAAAUACAGCAACGACAUUGGAUUGAUUCGACUGGAUAAAGAUGUUACUAUGAACGAUCACAUAAAACCAAUAUGUUUACCCGUUACGGCGGAUCUACAAAAAAAAGUGUUUGAAAACUAUGUUGUUACUGGUUGGGGAACCACAGAAGCUCAAAAGGAAUCCAAUAUUUUGCUGGAGGCAGUUUUACCCUAUGUGGACAUAUCCGAGUGUCGCCUGAAAUUGAAAGAAAACCGAUUGUACGUUCGGCUUAGCGAUAAUCAAAUGUGCGCUGGGGAAAGUGCCCCAUGUACAACUCCAACCAAGCACCCCGGUUCGUGCGUCUCGAUCGAACGGUGCCGAAACAUCUACACCAUAGUUAGCAAUCCAACUCCACCGUCUACGGGCAUUGCUAACUACAUCAAAAGGGCUGCCUGCACGCUACCGGGAGUGACGCGUAGUAUUUGCUGUCAGCCGGCAGAAGUUAUCCCGGAGCCGCCUACGACAACGGCCAGUCCUGCUUUAGGCGCAAACUUGAAUCUACUACCCAGAGACUGUGGCCUAAGAGUCGACGAUAGGCUCGCUUACGGAAAUAUUACUAAAGUGUUUAGCUAUCCCUGGAUGGCUGUUCUACGGUACGAUUACAAUGGUGCAAUCAUAGAUGGAUGUGGUGGAUCGCUGAUCAACAAGCGGUACAUCUUGACGGCUGCACAUUGUCUCAAGACCAGAAGUACUAUGCCAAUACAUAGCGUCGUACUCGGAGAACAUACCAAGGGCCAAGACAUUGAUUGCAACAUUUAUCAUGAUAGCAAGGGUGAAGAAAUCGAAAGGGACUGCGCUGGACCGAUUGAGGAGUUCGGGAUUGAAUCGUUCGAUGUUCACCAAGAUUACAAUCGACCGAAAUACAGCAACGACAUUGGAUUGAUUCGACUGGAUAAAGAUGUUACUAUGAACGAUCACAUAAAACCAAUAUGUUUACCAGUUACGGCGGAUCUACAAAGACAAGCGUUUGAAAACUAUGUUGUUACUGGUUGGGGAACCACAGAAGCUCAAACGGGGUCCAAUAUUUUGCUGGAGGCAGUUUUACGCCAUGUGGACAUAUCCGAGUGUCAGCUGAAAAUGAAUGAAAACCGAUUGAGCAUUCGGCUUAGCGAUAAGCAGUUGUGCGCUGGGGGUAAGGAUAGGGUCGAUACCUGUAAGGGUGACUCUGGCGGACCACUUGGAUUCAGUGCCAAUUAUAACGGUGCUCGAUUCGUACAGUUCGGAAUCGUUUCCCUCGGAGUGGAUUCCUGUGGGCAAAAGAGCGUACCCGGUAUAUACUGUCGGGUGGCAGCCUAUAUGGAUUGGAUAGCGGAACACAUUAAACCCUAAUGUUGUAGUGAUUAUGACAGUCUGCACAUGUGUUAAAAAAAACUUUCAGUAGUUAGUAAAAUCAGGUCUCGAGAAAACUACAAACUACGUAAUAAGCCCGAUAUAAAAUUUCACCGGAA